AUGGUUUCGUGGUUGAUGACGAUCAAGGCGGUGCUAAUCUCAAGCGGCGUCGCCUCCGUGGCUCUGUUGCUCAAGGUCUCUGUUCCGGUAGCUGUCGAUUUCUCCGUUUCGCGAGCUCCGAUCCUGUGGAGUUGCUUGUUACUGUGGCUGAAACCGCCGUAUCUCUACGUCCUCACCAACGGAAUCAUCAUCACCAUCGUCGCUUCUUCGAAAUAUUACCGAAGCAUUGGCCACCAUGACGAGCAGGAAGACGAUGGGAUCGUGUACGGCGGCGGCGGUGGAGAUUAUAAGAUCCAGACGGAGCCGAUUGUCCAUGAUCAAGCUUCUCCGCGGAUUCUGGAGGUUAAGGAUUUGAAUCGGGAUUCGCAUUUCGGUUUUAUAAUCGCGAAUCCGCCGUCUCCGCAGCUGGAAUCGGAACCGGAGGUGGUUACGGCGGUUGUGUAUGACGAGGCGGAGGAAGAGAAGAUGAUGGAUCCGGUGGCGAUGGUGGAGGAUGAAGAGGAGGUUAAGAGCGUGAUUACGGCGGAGAAUUCCGAUCUGGUUAGAUCCGGUGGUGGAAUUGAGGAGGUGAUGUUGCCGCCGGUUUCAAAUUGGAAACAUCUGCCGUCGAGGAUGAAUGAAUCGGAGAAUCUUCCUCCGACUGAGAAGCCUCUGGUUUCUUCAAGGUUCGGCCACCGGAAAUCGGUGAAAGCUACUCCAGAAGUUGGAAGAGCGUUGAGAGUGGCGAAGCCGAAGAAGAACGAGACACUUGAGAGUACGUGGAAGAUGAUAACGGAAGGGAAGUCAACGCCGUUGACCACCAGACAGUUAUACCGGAGAUCCGACACGUUUAGCCGUGGAGAUUCCGGCGGGAGUGAGGCGGAGGUGGCGAAACCGGUUUAUAAGAAAUCGGAGACGUUUAGGGACAGGACUAACUAUUACCAGUCGCCGGAGACGGCGAAGGUGGUGAAGAAGGAGCCGUCGCUGAGUCAGGACGAGUUGAAUCGGCGAGUCGAGGCGUUUAUAAAGAAGUUUAAUGAGGAGAUGAAGUUGCAGAGAAUGGAGUCGUUGAGACAGUACAAAGAGAUCACUGGUCGUGGGGUUUAG